UGCGAGCGGGGCCGGGCCUGGGGAGCCGUGGCGCCGUAGGGCCUCGCGCAGCGUCCGCGGGCUCCGGGGCGGGGGCUCCAGCGGCGAAGCCCCCUCCCCGGGGAGGCGGGGCCUGGGCGAGCUCCGGAGCCGGGAGCGGCGGCGGCCGGGAACGAUGCAUCAGAAGCUGCUGAAGAGCGCGCACUACAUCGAGCUGGGCAGCUACCAGUACUGGCCGGUCUUGGUGCCCCGCGGCAUCCGCCUCUACACCUACGAGCAGAUCCCCGUGUCCCUCAAGGACAACCCUUACAUCACCGACGGCUACCGGGCCUACCUGCCCUCCAGGCUGUGUAUCAAAAGUUUGUUUAUUUUAUCUAAUGAGACGGUUAACAUCUGGAGUCAUUUGCUGGGUUUCUUUCUCUUCUUCACCCUGGGAAUAUAUGAUAUGACAUCUGUGUUACCCUCGGCAAGUGCAUCCAGAGAAGAUUUUGUAAUUUGUUCUAUUUGUCUUUUCUGCUUCCAGGUCUGUAUGCUUUGCUCUGUGGGCUAUCACCUUUUUUCUUGCCAUCGAUCAGAAAAAACAUGUCGAAGAUGGAUGGCAUUAGAUUAUGCAGGAAUUUCUAUUGGAAUACUGGGCUGCUAUGUCUCAGGAGUAUUUUAUGCAUUUUAUUGUAAUAAUUAUUGGCGCCAAGUGUACUUGAUCACAGUGCUGGCCAUGAUCCUAGCAGUGUUCUUUGCGCAGAUUCAUCCCAAUUACCUCACACAGCAAUGGCAGAGGCUCCGUUCUAUCAUCUUCUGUUCUGUUUCGGGAUAUGGAGUGAUCCCCACUCUUCAUUGGGUUUGGCUCAAUGGAGGAAUCGGUGCUCCUAUUGUACAGGACUUUGCACCCCGUGUACUUGUGAUGUAUAUGAUUGCUCUUCUUGCUUUCCUCUUCUACAUUUCCAAAGUGCCAGAACGGUACUUUCCAGGACAACUAAACUACCUCGGAUCAAGCCACCAAAUAUGGCAUAUCCUUGCAGUAGUGAUGUUAUAUUGGUGGCAUCAGUCAACAGUGUAUGUCAUGCAGUAUAGACAUAGCAAGCCUUGUCCUGACUAUGUUUCACAUUUGUGAAUUCAGGUAUGGCCACCUGGUGAAUUCAGUUGUUAAGCAAUAUAUAAUGGGGAGUUAUAUACCCCACUGUUUCUAAGGUUCUCAUUAGUUUUUCUUUUUCCUCUUGUUUAAUAUAUCAUGAGUAAUGCUUUAUAAAAAUGGAAAAAUAAACUUGGGUAUCUGUGUAGUAACAACUGCUUUUAUGGACCCUUAAAACUACUAAUCUGCUGCUUAUACAGAAAGUGAAGUUUCGUUGGCAAUCAUAAGAAACAUCUGAACAAUGAGUGUGACACUAGUGCAGAAAUAGGAUUUAUUUUGCUUACCACCAGCUUCAUUUCCUUAGGAAGGGCUCAUUUCCAUUAGAAAAUGGAGUCAUCCUGUGUGAUUACUUUAAUAGAAGAUAUUUUCAGUAAGUUGUCAGAUUUAAGUGCCUAAUCAAGGCAAGGUUGAUAUGGCCUGUGCUUAGUAUUCAUGUAAGUUAGGAUAGUCAUCUUGCAUAAUCACCAGCCAUUAAAUACAUACUUUGUUUGAUACUGGCACUUAAGAUAGUAUUUCCUUUAGUUAUACGUUCUCUACUCUCCAGCAACCCUGGAUUUUUUAGUUUGCCAGAACAAAAACUUGCAACUUCUUCUCAAGUUGAGAGGGGUAUUGAGAAAAGGAAAAGAAACUUGCAUUGUUAUUUUCUAUCAGAUAAGAAUCACAUUAGAUAGUAAUUACAUGCUUAGGCAACAGAUUCUAUGGUGUAAAACCAUAAAAGUCUUUAGCCACCAAAAGUUUUAAUUCCAGAUACUAUUUAAUUCCCAGUAAUAAUUUAAUUGCAAGACAGUUAGAAAAUUUGAUUCCAAAAUUCCAGAAAAACUUUUGCUUUUCUGAAUUUGUAUUCCUAAAUUUCCUGAUGAUGGGGGUUCCCAGCUAUAUGGCUGUGAAUUAUUUCAAGGCCAUAGGACCUAGAUGGCCGUCUUGACCUGGAAGUGCACUUUUAGGCCUUAGAACAAGUCAUGCCGAUGCCCAGUUGGAUGAUGUGGCUAUUCAUCUGUGCUCUGGUCCUGUUUGUGCAUGUUUUAUGCAUUGCCCUGACAAAGUGUGGAGAAAUACUGAUACUUGGACCUGAAGUGUUAAACGUACUCCAUUUUGUAUGUACUCACUAGGGCUCCCUGCCCCCUUGUAUUGUAGUAUUUUCAUUUGCGUUAAUUAAAUCCCUUAAAGCAGAUUCAUAAAAAUGUAUGUCUUUUAUUGGAAUAUAAAAUAUUAUCCAAGUUUCUUCAUGAGCAUGAACUGCUUUCAGAACACAAUUAUUGAAUAUCAGAAAAAGUUGAUCCUGGUGGUUUAUUCCCAAAAUGCCUUGUGUACAUCGGAUACUAGGAAAGCUGCUUUAAUGUGCCUCAGUUUAUGCAUCUGUAAAAUGUUGUGUUUCUUCCCAGUGUAGUGCUUUUGAAAUACAAAUUCCAUACCCUCACCUCCACCCCACCCCCAACACUCAGCAAAGAGAAUUUCCCUCAGCAGGUUCAGUCAGGGCAUUUUCUGUCAUACCCGUUUUUUAUGACAGAAUGCUACUCUGAAAAUGGCUCUUUACCUCAUAAGGCCACAAAUUCUAUGUAUAUGCUAAGUGGUACAAGAGUAGGCUAUAUUUCCUUUAAAGCAUGCUUUGUUGGCCUACUUUUAAAUUAAUAUUUUUGUCAUUUUGGCCAAACAGAAUACACCGAGUAGUUAACAAUCAAGUUAAAAAUAAAGUGGAAGUCCAGUUAUUUUAUGUAUGGAACCAUUUUUUAUUCUAAAAUCUUCUCCAAAUUAAAAAUAAGACAUUAAACUUUUUUCAAUUUUAAAUUCCUUUUUAGUGUAUUGAUUUAAUGCUUGCCAUAUGAAUUAAUGCAUAGAGUAUACUGUAUUUUUUAACAGCUUUCUUUGAUUAAAAGAUAUACUGUCUCACUGUAGAGAGAAUUAUGCCAUGUAAACAUUUCAAGUGUUUAUGAAAAGGCUAGAAUUUGGAAGAGGGCCUCCUCUCAUUUUUAUCUUUUCUAUGUUAUAUUUAUUAUAAAAUAGGGAAUGAAGGAAUCGAUUGCUGUCAAACUAUAAGCACUUCUGUAUAUCCGCCUUUAUUGACCACCUACUGUGUGCACAGCACUACUGUUAAAAUUUUUAAGAUAUUGUUAACAUUAAAGAACAUUUAAAACUUGCAUACAAAUCUGAGCCUUGUAUAUUUGUUUUUAUAGUUAUUAAAAUAAGAUUAAAAGUAUGCUAUCCAGCUUCAGUGCUCAAAAACAACUGGUGUUACUUUUACCUAUGUGUAAACUAUAAAAGUUCUUUACCUACAGACUUUGUUUUAAAAUUAUUAUGCCUGUUUUAUAUUGUCUACAGUAAUUUAUAGGGUUGUAGUUAACUCAUUUAAGUACAGUUAUCUUUCUAUAUAAAUCCAUUUUCAAAUAGCCAGGUAGUGUUUGUCUGUCAUUACAUUGAGUGCAAUUCAUUAAGCUGCAUGGCAAAAAUAUGUAU